UAUCCAGCUGAGGGUGAGAACUGUCAUAAUACAUUGCACCCUGAGUAUGCCUUCUAAAUAGAGACUAGUGACUUCUUACGUACUGUACAUCGAGAACUAGUGAGAGCAAGGAGAGACUGCUUAUACUGUACUUUAAGCCAGAUAAGGAAAUACAAGGACUUUGCCAGGGAUAAUUACAAGGGAAACCUACUAGCACAUCGGUAGUUUCCUAUUACACAUACUACCGCAAUGGAUAGUUGUAGAAAUUGUCCUAAAAUGAAAGAAACAACAUGAUAGCUUUUUACCUCUGAUAUUAAACCAGGCAUUUAUCUAAAUGGAGCUAUGUAAUACAUUUACUGCUAACCUAUCCAAAAAUGUAAAUAUAUAUCACAAGGAUUCCUUGCUUGUAACAAGAGCUAAAGUGCAGCUGCAUUCCUCAGAAAAAUUAGACAAAAGUAUAGUUGCGAUAUAGUUUGGAGCUCUUAUUCCCAGAUAUCUGUUGCAAUAUUUUGUUGUGAUAUUUAAAGCGCUAUUCAAAAUAUAUUUAGGUAAGGGUAAAAGAGGAAUUACCAAAUGUCCAGAGUUCCUGUUAAAUAAAGACAUUUUAAUUUAUAUUGUUUCAAUUAACGUGUUUGGGGAGAACCUCUUGCCUCUCUGCCGGAAAGAAGACUAGAUUGUCACAUUUGGCGUCAACAAACAGGAUCGAACAUGGAAGUGCAAGAAGGCAACCCCACCGCAGAUGACAACAGGAUCAGUAUCCUUAAUGACAAGAUUGCAGAACUUACCCAAACUCUCACUGAGAUAAGAAGAGAGUUAAGAGACCUGAGACAUAAAUGGUCUGUAACCAGAUACAAGAAGUGGUGUCCAGACCGUGGAUUGCGAAACCAACCUGGAUGGGAUGUUCCCCGAAAGACUGGAAAAUGGGUGACUAAGCAAUUCAACGCUCGGGGGAGGCCUAUUUGUCGGCGAUGCAGACAAAGUGGGCAUAUCAAAAGAAAUUGUCAACAACCCUCAGGAAGAGUGGAGAGAGUAGGACCACCCUGUGAAGGACAGUCCAGAGAUGCACGUCAAAAUACAGUAGUACAGAACCAGGUUAUUGUGUCUGGCACACCAUCUGAUGAGGAUAUUCAGCAAGUCAGCGCAGGAAUAAUUCCAGGCCAAGUUGUGUGGUUUAGUGUACCACGUGGUUAUGGAUUUAUAAAGCGAACCGACACGAAAAAAAGAGUAUACGUGCAUUAUACUGCCAUUCAGAAGGCCAGCCUGGAACAAUGUUUCCGAAGUCUGGGAAGUGGAGAAAUGGUUGAGUUUGAAUUGGCAAAUGGAAAGAAGGGCAUCAAAGCCAUUAAUGUAACUGGUCCUGGUGGUGUCCAAGUGCAAGGCAACAAACAUGCCACAUGUCACAAACAGUACUGGUGCUGUUCGUAUUGUAGAGAUCCUCCACACAACUGUCAGCAGGAUUACCAACACAACAGAAGUGGAGAAGAACAAGGAGAAGCAAAAAGUGCUGAGGAAAGACAACAAGAACCUGUCAUCCCAGAGCAAACUCAAUCACUGGAACGAACAGAUGAACAAGUUGUGGAAGAACAGAGUGAAAAAAUGCAGCAGAGCGUACCGGAUGCAGUCAGGCUGCAACUUCCUACACAGCCACUACAUGAGAUCAAACCAAGAGUGGAAGAUACCGAUUCCAGCAUGGCCUACCCCAAUCAAGUAGAUUUAACCGACACUGACCAGGAAAAACAUACAGAGGGAGUGACUUGCAUGUCCAUGGCAGAGGGAUUGGCAACCCUUAGACCCAAUUGCCCAGAUUCUGUUAUGCAAAAUUCUGAAUCUAAUGUUCCAGCAGAAUCACCUAGUGUAGAUAAAAAGAGUGAGAGGUAUCUUCCAGAGUGGUAUUACUCAGGCGAGUACACCACGAUAACCUCUGAGGAGGUUAAUUUGAUGUUCCAGCAGGCUUUGAGGAGGUCAGGGAAGAGGAACAAAGGUGCUUCACGUAUUCAGAAUAGAUAUUAGCCUGUGGUAUAGAGAGUCAUUUGUUAUGUAAUGUAUGUACUUACGAUUUAUUCAAAUGUUUAACUGUAACACAAAAUUUUUAAUUUAGACUAUGCUAUAUUGAACUUGGAAUAUUGCCUGUUGCGUGAGGACACGCAAAAUUCUAGUGGAGGGAUAUGUAAUACCCUGCUAUAUGAGGUAUUACGUGUGGCACGCUACAGAGUAUCUACAUUUGAUUAUACAGGCAGAUAAUUUCCCAGCAGCCUUGGCAGCAGCUCUGGAGGUCAGGGGCAGGUCACAUGACCAUUGGCAGUUGGAGGGAGGACUGUUGGUCAGGACACGGUCUGAGGUAGCUGUGAGAGAGGAGGGCAUCUCUGGCAGUGGAAAAUUCCUGUCAGAAAAUGGAGGUGCCACUGAGAGCAGCUGAGAGGCAGUGGCUGUGUGUGAGAGCCGCUCAGUAAAAAUCUAUAAAGUGCUACUUCUAAUUUGUGACUGCUGCAGUGCUGGAAGCAGAGUGGGUGUCUACAAUUCUAGACGUCAAGUGGGAACUCUACCGUCUAGCCGUCUCCGUCAAUGCUCUCGGCACCUGCUGCAGCUGGGAUGUGGGAUGCAGCCGGGCAGAGUGACCCCUAGUAAUUAGCAGGAAACCCCAGGCAAUGAGCAGGAAACCCCUGGCAACGAGCAUGAGACUCAUGGCAACAAGCAGAAAACCCCUGGCAGCGAGCAUGGAACCCAGAGCAUGAGACCCUUGGCAACAAGCAGCAUUUUGGAAAAAAGGACCGGAUUGUCUCUACUCUUGGAGCAUGCAGUGGUGUCAGUGUACUCAUACGCAGAGGGCUGAUUCAGCGUUGGGAACACAUCUACAAAGAGCAGGUCAAAAUUAAUCAAAGCUAACUGAACUGAGCAGAAAGCAAAAACAUGAAACUGAAAAGGAAGUUUGACCUAAUUCCAAGGAUUUUAAGAAUCAAAUGGAAGCACACAAUUCCUGACCACACACACAUCUCUGUAUAUGUGAAUAAAACCUGUAAGUGGAAACACUGCUUUGCCUAUAGAGUUUAUUUAUGACACCAAUAUAAAAUUAUUAUAGUAUGUUACUUGCUGUGCAGGAUUUCUUGUGCAUGACCUUACAUGGCAGUGUGUGAUGUAUUGCCUACAGAGACUGAAGGAAGGCCUCUAAUAUACGCUGUGCAGAUACAGUAUCAGAACUAUGAGAUGAUAGGCGGUGACUGCAGGGCUUUUACGAUGUCUGCAGUCACAGAUAAUGCUGAUUCAGCAGCAGAAGAAGCCAUCCAGUCACCCAGCCAGUACUCCCUCACUGCCAGAGAACUGGCUCACUACUGCCACCACAUGGUGGCAGCCGGCAGCAGAUCCCCAUGUUGCAGUAUAUUAAUAUUUGAUUCAAAGAAACCACAAAGCAAAUACAAUGUCACAAUUUUACAAGGUAUUGAUGUAGUAAAAGCAUGACUAAUAA